UAGUCAAAUCUCGAAACACACUUACGUCAUUGCUCGCAUAUCGCGCACACGACUCCGGCACUUACACAUUCGAUCUUCAUCCAACAGGAAAACGGUACGGACAAGGAAGCACAAGGUCAACCACCGUCACCAACAACAACAACCAAUCAUAACACAACAUGGCCGAUGACAAGCGGAAACGAGUGUCCUAUUGGUACUUUGGUGGUUUGGCCAGUGCCGGAGCAGCGUGUUGUACCCACCCGUUGGAUCUUCUGAAGGUGACGCUGCAAACCCAACAGGAGGGCAAAAUCUCGCUGCUCCAGCUGACCGGAAAGGUCGUCCGGACGCAGGGCGUUCUGGCACUGUACAAUGGGCUAUCAGCUUCGCUGCUGCGGCAGCUGACCUACUCGACGACCAGGUUCGGUAUCUACGAGGUCGGCAAGCAGGCUAUGGGAAAUGAUUCAGGGUUCUUGGGAAAGGCUAUGCUAGCUGGCGUAGCUGGUGCUUUCGGAGGUUUCAUUGGCACCCCCGCCGAUAUGGUGAACGUCCGCAUGCAGAACGACAUCAAGCUGCCACUGGAUCAGAGAAGAAACUACAAACACGCAGUCGACGGUCUCUUCCGCGUUUAUCGGGAAGAAGGCUUCAGACGUCUGUUCUCAGGUGCCUCAACUGCUACCUCACGUGCUGUGCUCAUGACAAUUGGGCAGCUGUCCUUCUAUGACCUGGUAAAGGAACUUCUCCUAAACUCGGGCUACUUCGGUGACAAUCUGACCACCCACUUCCUGUCUUCGCUGACAGCCGGUGCCAUCGCUACGACAAUGACUCAACCGCUGGACGUGUUGAAGACUCGGGCCAUGAACGCCAAGCCGGGCGAGUACGCCAACAUGUGGGAACUGAUCCGAUACACUGCUCGCCUUGGCCCGCUAGGGUUCUUCAAGGGUUACGUGCCGGCCUUCGUCCGGCUGGGACCGCACACGAUCCUAACUUUUGUCUUCCUCGAGCAGCUUCGCAUGAACUUUGGCUAUCUCAAGCCGGAGAAGAAGUAGAAGCGGGCUGCUCGUUCUAUUGCAUGUUGUUGAUAUUAGCUGUGUAGGAAGGACAAUUUGGCAAUACUCGCUCGAACUGGGUUCACUUACUAGGGUCGAAUCAAAAGCUACGGGUUAGAAUUGAAAGUCGCAAAAAGUUGACAUUUCUGUUGCGUUUCUUUUUAAUGUUUGGGUUAUUUAGCAGCUUGUUAUCAUAAUUAUAUAUGUUUCGCAUUUUCCCUCUGAGGGAGUAGAAUUGAACAAUCCAAUAAUGCUUUUACUCAAUCAAUCAUUUAAUGACAUAACGAUAAAUCAGCGAACAAACAUUCCACUGAUAUUAACUAGAUGCUAUAUUUUAUCUGUAUCUGUUGAAAACAGAACCAUCUACCUAUCUAACAUGAUUGAAGAUUUUAAUUUCUGACGUCUGCCCAAUUGUGAGAUCCUCUAAUCAAUGAACAUAUGAAACAAAACCGUACCGAGUGGAUAAGAGUAGGCAAUUGAAUCACAAUAAAGGAUGUAUUUAUGGUAAAAGUUAAAUGCAAA